AUGGGCGAGACGUGCGUAACGGUUGCCCGCAAGUUUGACGAAAAGUCGCAGCUCGCCCUGUCAUCCCUCAUCCACGCCCUCUACGAGCUGGAGUCCUAUGCCGUCGCUCGGCUUGUGGUCAAGGAGAAGAAGGACCCCGUCCUCGUCCUUCUGGCCCCGCGCAUCGCGCCGGACAUGGAGUGCCUCUACGAUGUGCCCCUUCCCUUUGCGGAGGAUGUUCGCGGGUACCAAUUCCCGCCGCUCGACAAGGUCAUUACCGUCAGCGGGCAGAAGAUCACGACAAAUCACCGCUUGCUCCCUGGCGACGAGCUGACAGAUGCCAUGAGCGACUACGUCGACUCUAUGGAUCUGGGUACCUUUGGUACUGAUGACGACGGAAACCCGUCAGAGUACGCUGCCAUAGACGACACGUACAACCCAAUCAUCCACAGAAUCAACCAAGCCAUCCGCCAAAGGGCAGUCAACCCAGAAGGCGAGAUUGACCCAAUCCCUCCCAUCCUAGUGCGCUACGCCGCGCCCCCUGAAGAUCUAGUUGAGAAGUCAAAAUCCCAAAUCGAGAGUCUCAUCUCGGCAGCGCAAGUGAAGAAAGUACCCCCAAAAGCAAAGGGAAAACGCAAAUUCGAAGCCGCAAAACCCCUCUCGGGCCUCGACGUCGACGCCCUUCUGGGAACGACAUCCAAGUCCGCCUCCAAACGCCCCAAAAUCACCCCCGAAAACGCCAUCCCGGACCUCAAGCGUGCGCUCGCCACCGCGGAAGACGAGUCCGAGAUCCGCGACGCCGCGAAGCAAAUGGCCGCCGUCGUCGCGCAGCUCGUGACGGACAGCUUCGGUGACAACAAUUACGCUCGCGCGUCCGAGAACCUGAGCGUUCUCCGCCGCGGGCUCGUCGAGCUCGAGGAGCCGGGCGUGUAUAAUGAUUUGAUCAAAGACCUCAAGAAGAAGAUGCUCUCGGGCGAGCUGGGCGGGGAUCGGAGGGAGAUGUGGUGGCGGGUGAGGACGUCGAGGUUGGGGUUGAUUGAUCAGGGGACGUCAGAGGUUUCGAAUGUCAAGAGCGAAGAGGCUGAUGAGUUUUUGAAGUCAAAAUGA